CCGAUCAGGGAUUUCUUUGCCCAGUACCCCGAUUUCAUCUACGAUCCAGAUGCACCUUUCUUUGAAGAGUUCCAGCGGAUGCAGAGAGUGCUGCACUGGCAAAGAGAGGAGAGGGACGCAGCUAGGGAAGAGCUGCGCAGCGCGAUGGUCAAGCAAUUUAACGACAUGUACGGGACAAACGUGGACGACCUCGAGUCCUGGCAGCUCCUGUGCACCGCUCUAGGGAUGAAACCCCCGCCCGCCGACGUCGAGACCUGCCAGAAGAAAGUGAAAGCGACUCACGUCAACCUGGUGGAUUUCAUCGAGGCGCCCCUCCUGGGGGAGUCCAUCGAGACGUUCACAUCAGAGCUUGCGCUCAGCGAGUACACGAAGCGGACGAUGAAGUACUUUCCGCGAUACGAUGUCAACUCCGGGAGCCUCCUGCAGUUCUUACUUCGCCAGAUCAAGAACCCAUCCAUGUACCGUCGUGGAGCCGACUCUACCCGUGGGGGUCGAGCAAGGGGUCGAGCGACCGCCCGUAGGGGCCGGGCGGCUGCCCCGCCGGCAUAG